AUGGAGAAUAUAAAAACCAUAUUAGUAAAAGACGAUAACGUUAGACUAGAUAGGUACAUCAGAAGAAUCUUUCCUGAUCUAAAGCAAUCUGUAAUUGAAAAAUCUUUAAGGAAAGGAUUAAUCAAAGUUGAUGAUUGCAAAGCAAAGUCUAGUAAUAGAGUAAAUUCUGGACAAACUAUAACGCUGAAGCACUUGAAUUAUAUUGAGAACGCUAAUUCUGACUGCAAAUAUAAUGAAAAGUUAGUGAAUCUACUAAGAGAGAACAUAUUAUAUGAAGACGAAUAUAUACUAGCUAUAAACAAACCCGCAGGGGUCAUUGUUCAAGGUGGUGUAAAAGUAAAGAUUAGCAUUAGUGAUUUGCUUGACCAAAUAAGAGAGGGAGAAAUAUUUAAAAUUGUCCAUAGACUAGAUAGAGAUACGAGCGGAGUGAUAAUAUUCGCACGCAAUGCUAGUGUUGCCAGAUACCUUAUGGAGGAAUUUAAAGGACGGAGGGUAAAAAAAACUUAUUUAGCAUUAACUUCUGGCACGCCAAGCAAGGAUAGUGGAAUAAUAGAUUAUCCGUUGGUAAAAAAAUAUAUUUCUGGUCAAGAAAAAGUGGUCGUUGAUGAAGGCUCACCUCAAAGUGCCACUACGCAUUUUUCAAUUAUAGCAAGGUUAAAACAUAAUGUUGCUUAUUUAAAAUUACAACCAAUUACCGGCAGAACCCAUCAGUUACGUGCACAUUUAGCUCAUAUAAAUUGCCCUAUUCUUGGUGACGGUAAAUAUGGUGGUAAAAAAGCUUUUGUUGACGGGGUAGCAAAUCAGAUUCACCUUCAUUCACAUUCUUUGUCCUUAAAAUUACCAAAUAAUAAAGAAAUUACUAUUACCGCUCCUAUCCCUAAACACAUCGAAAGGUCUAUUGAAGUGCUAUCUUUCAACUGA